AUGUGGGAUAAUCAAGCAGCUACCACUCCACGGCAGACGCCAUUUAGUGACGACGCACAUCACCGUGAUGAGGUAGGGCUUGUUGGUACAGGACUUGUUAGAAAAAAGGGACUUGGGCUUAUGACUACGAUCCUCGUAGUUCCUCUUCAUCAGCAUCCGCCAGAGGUACAGAUAAAGAUUGCGCAUGCUAUGCGUGACUGCUUGAAUAUCACCAAUCCCUAUUUGGCCAGUUAUGUAGACGUUACUCACAGCAUGCGAGAAGCUAAACUUACCAUUGAGACGGAGUUCUUUGGCCGUGGUUCUCUUCGGAAAAAGAUCGACUCUCACUUUAAGCAUGGUCUAAUUUUUCCUGAAGCAGAGAUUUGGAACGUGGUAGCACACAUUGCUGCUGGGCUUGCCUAUCUUCAUAGCCCUCUUCCACUGCCAGGAAAGAAGGCUGGCUUUCUUCUUCAUCUUGGUCUGUCCCCGGACUCAUUAAUGGUUUAUAGUGACGCAGAGUACAAGCUCACAGCGUAUUCUAUCAGACAACUUCUGUUUCGGCCCAUCCCGCCCGCGGAGUAUGCACGGAUAAUCGGUAUCGAAUCGGAAAAUGCACGUUGGUAUAUGGCCCCAGAGCUGCGUCGGGCCUUUUCCAGGUAUGGUAGUUUGUGUCAAUUGAGUACUAAGUGUGACAUUUGGUCUCUGGGCAUAUUGUUACUGGAUAUGGUGUCUCUAGCGCUUUACAGAGACAACACCUCCGAUCCUUCGACGGAGCUGGUGAAGAACGACAGCACAAUUCCUGCUGUUAUUAUACUGCCCAAUGAUGACCGGCCACUCAGAGUCAAGAUGGACGAUCUGAGUGAAGAGCAUAAUAAUAGUACGGAUGACGAAGAUGCCAAGAGGGUUUCUACGACUUCCUUGUCUUCUUCCGUCGACUACCAUGGGUUCUGUCAUCCUCCACGGUCUCUUCUUAAAACACUCUUGGACGACGGCUUGGACACACCUUAUUCAAAGGAGCUUAUCACCCUGAUCAAGCAGUGUGUCUCAGAAGAUCCCUCGGAGAGGCCUUCUGCCACAAUCAUAUGCAAGCUCCCGUCCGUUCAGGAGGCUUUUUUGCGCUUAGAGGCACAUAGGCUUGAAGAUCACAAGUUAUUACUGCAGGCGUUGCGGUUGAACGAUGUGGCAGCUAUACGAACAUAUAUUAGAAGCUUUGAUGCCAGUCCUUCGGAUAUUCUAAAAGACAUCCUCAGUCCAUGCUAUACUCCGUACAUUCAGAUUUUCAGCGAGCGCAUUCUCCUAAAGAAUCUCUUUGUUACACUACCGAGCAGAUCCGGAACCCCGACCUAUAUUUACACAGACCUCAUGCAGGCAGCCGAGUGUGGUGAUAUACCUGCAAUAGAAGCGUCCAUCAAUCGGGACUUUGGCUAUAUGUACAUGGGAUUUUCCAGUGGAACAGCUCUAAUGAUGGCUGCAAGGGAAGGAAACACAGAGUGUAUAAAGCUCUUAUUGGCAGAAGUCGGGAUAGUAACGGCCAAAGGAGAGACAGCGCUAAUGUAUGCGGCUCAGAACGGGUGUCUAGCGGCUACGCAACUCUUACUUUGUGAGGCAAGAAAGCAGAAUUAUUAUGGUGAAACUGCUCUUAUGUAUGCUGUGCAGAACGGAUUCGUUCACAUAGUCAACCUACUAGCUGCUCGAGAGGCCCAACUUCAGCGAAAGGAUGGGCUGACGGCCCUAAUGCUUGCUGCCAAGCUCGGUCGUGGAAGAUGCGUGGCGAUCCUAAUGCAUCACGAGGCGCAAAUGCGUUCUUCUUUGGGAGAAACUGCUUUGGAGCUCGCUCUGAAGUAUAGACAUGGGCACUGUGCCGACCUGCUUCUGGAUUAUGAAUCUGGCCUGAUUUGUAGCAACGGAGCGUCUCCCCUGAGGUUUGCAGUAGAUAAUGGAGCUAUCAAAGUUGUCCCGCGUCUAUUAUAUCUUUGCAGAUCAAUGGAAUCGUCCUACUUCAUUAAUAUGAUCUAUGUGCUGGUUUCAGGGCAAACUGCGGAAUGCUAUGCCAGUCUUCUCAUUGCUUACAAUCAGCUACUCGACAAGAAACUCUCGCUAACUGUCACUGAGCCAGAGGCAAAGCGUGCCCAUCAAGACAACUGCAUCAAUGCGUUUUGCUGGGCCCUUAAUAUGAUGAGACCAGAUUGUGCAUGGAAGGUUCCCAUUUUAGUCGACCUCACGGUGCCCCCUGCUGCAACGUCUGAGGAGCUCUGGGCCUCUGUUCUUGUGCCAUAUAUGGAGAAAAGAGGCAUUAGCUGUCAGCUCAUUGAGGCCCUUCUUAAUUAUUCGAUUAUGAAGAAGGAUCACGAAAUGGUGUGGCAUUUGACGCAGUAUAUUGCAGAGCACACAGAUACCAUAAUCGUCAGCACAUGGAAGAGGCACGGAGAUCGGGUUAACUUUAAAACUCGAUUAAUGGAAAAUGCUGAGAACGGGGAUCUUUCCGGUGUGCUUGCCAACAUGGACCAGUUAGGCUACGUGUAUGGAAAUGACACGGCUCUCUUGCUUGCGGCCAAAAAUCAUCACUUUGACUGCAUUAAGCUUCUCUUGUGUGAGCAAGGCAUUACUGGGCCAGACUGUGUCACAGCCCUUAUGGUUACUGCCUGCAAGGGCGAUGUCGAAUCGCUAAAGCUCCUGUUAACAGAAUCGUCCCGUUGUGAUGAAGAUGGAAACUCUGCUCUGAUGCUUGCAGCAGAAGCAGGACAUGACGCAUGUGUGCAGUUGCUUAUUAAGAGGUGCAAGGUUUACCAAGAUCGUGCGGGGCGAACGGCGCUGAUUCGCGCCGCGGAGGCCUGCAAUCUAAGCACUGUUAAUCUUCUCAGGAACGAAAUUGGAGUUGGAGGAAUGACAAGGCUUAUGGUGUCUGCUGUUCUGGGAGAGGUGAAUGGCGUCAAGGAGCACAUGGAGGAGGCGGGAAUGCAAACAUGUUGUGGCUGGACGGCUCUUAUGUUUGCAGCCAAGGCGGGGCAUGUAAAGUGCGUCGAGCUUUUACUACAGGAAGCAGGCAUCCACAAUGGAGACGAGCGCACGGCCAUCUUCAUGGCAGCCAAGCAGGGUCACAAGGAAUGCAUAGAGCUCCUAUUUGAUAAGGAAGGGGCCCAUAGGGACCCGGACGGCUGGACUAUCCUGAUGGCCACGGCCUACGGAGGACAUGCGGAGUGUGUUGGGGCCAUUCUGUGUCUCGAUGCAUUAAGUGGUGACAGGGAGGCUGCCGGCUUUCAGUCUAUUGUUGGAAUGAAGGCAUAUGAUGGCAGGACAGCUCUGAUGUUGGCUGCUGACCAGGGGCACGCUCAAUGUGUGAAGCUGCUUCUUGAAAAAGAAGCACAACAGACUGAUGUGCUCGGGGAGAGUGCACUCUUCAAGGCCGUCCGGUGGGAGCAUCCUGACUGUGUUACAUUGCUGGCUCCAUACGAAGCCCAGCUCACAAAUAAGAACAAUCAAACAGCCCUAGAUCUCGCCACAGUCAUUCUAGGGCGAACCGUAGAAACCAGUGCCUUACAAACCUGCAUUAGUAUCCUUACCGAGGAGUAA